CAGAUUACUUUGUAAUUCGCUUGCGUGCGCUGAAGUUCGCAGUCUGUGUGGUUUCGGGCGUACAUAGUUGUUUUAAAGUCCAAUAGGAAUACUGUAAUCCGCACGACGAACUAUAGAAAAUUUCUAUUUUUAACCUCGUAACAGGUUAAUAAUACAAAAUAUUUAUGCAGUCUGACGAAGAGGACAACGCGUUGCAUUCAUGCUUCGACUCUUUAAAGAGCGCAGUCAUGGGUUGCUGCUAUAGUAUCUGCCACAAAGAAAACGAUCCGCAGGAAAACAUAAUAAACGAGCGGACUCAUUUGUUAGAAGUACCUGAGCAACAGCAUGAGAUACCAGUGCCAGUGGCAUCGGCAUCGACACCUCCACGCAAACCAGACGAACAAAGUGCUCUUAAUAGAAUACUGCAUGAGACUGCCACUAACGUGAUAGACGUGGGCGCGCUCGGGCCGUACGCGCUUGAGGCGGGCGCGUACAGCGAGCGGGUGCGCGCGUACACUGCAAGGGUCGCGGCCGCACCGGCACCGCCUGCGCCGGCGCCACCGAGACUGCUCGCUGAUGUCCCGCAUGGGGAGCGGACGGCGCUACUCAGCAAGCCCGCCCUUAGCAACGACGACAAAGACUUUAUAACGAAUUCGGUGAAGAAAGCGGCUGCAGCGAUAUCGGAACUGCGCGUGGAACACCACGAGGACCUCGUGGUACCUUUCCGGGUGCCGUAGCCUCCGUGGUCUCACCACCACACUGGCAAGUCACGCACUGAUAUAGGAUAUUAUUAGAGUUCGAACCAUUUUGUAAAAAAAUAUAAAAAGAAAAUAGUUUCUUUUGCAACAAGGAGUUUUUAUGUUGUGUUGUUGAUGGUACCGAAAAGUUUCACUUUUGAAAAUAGAAUGGAAUGCUUAAAACCACAUAUAGGGCUUUGCAAUCCUUUGUAUAAAAAAUUUAAAAAAAUGUUUUCUAUUGGAAUAAGGAGUCUUUAUGUUAUGUUGUUGACCCGGAAAAAGUUUACUUUUGUAAAUGGAAUAGAAUGAUAAAUGCCACAGAUAAAUAGGGCUUCCGUAUGCUGUAGCCUCUAUAGUUUCACCGCUCCACUGGCAAGUCAGGUAAUGAUUAAGGAUAUUAUUUAAAAAAAAAUGUAAAAAAAACUGCAUCUUUUUUCAUUUUUCAAUAGUGUUUGUAUGUGUAAGCCUCACGUUUGAAAAUGGAAUGAAGUUUGAAAGGAACUAAUGAUAACCAUGCCUCCGUGGUUUUACUCCCACUUUACAUCACGAACUGAAAUAUUUUUUUAUCAUAGAAUUGCAAAAACGCAUUUCAAAGCUUACCUUUUAAUUUUUUUGCAACAAAAAGGUUUAUGAUUAUCCAUGAACAAACACAGGGAAUUGACUGAUCGAGACACGCAUGUAAUUGAAACUCUAGAAAGAGAUAAAGCGAUGGUGUUAUCAAUACCUAAACGAUAGCUUCAUCUCUCGCAUACGCUCAGCCCAUCCUCUAUGCCUGUUCAUAAACACUUUCAAUUAUGUAUUAAAUUGGAAUAGAGUCCAUGGUUUCUUACAGGCUUCAGAUAUUCCUUAAACAUCUCAUAAGAACCGAUCAGCUGGAAAAAAGGAUUGUGUCCUUUAUAUAUGAAAUUCA